AGUUCAGAGCAUUGCAUUCGAGGAUACUUGAAUGAAUCAACAUGGCCGCGCUCUUAUAGAAAAACUGACCUGUAAAUAUGGCUACGUUACGUUCAGCAUCAAGCGUACUAAGGCUUGGAAAGUCCUUACAACGCCUUUCUGUCAAUGAUAACUUUCAAGGAUUUAUGAGAUGCAUUGGAACUCAGGGAACAGUCAGUGAUCAUCUCCCUGUGAAACCCAGUUUCCAUGGACAUGUGCAAACAAUGGUUUCUCCCCAGCAGUCAGUUUUAAAUCAUUUACCCUACAAGCUCCAAACUAUGACACAAGAUAAAGAAUACAUUUGUCCUUCACGGCUUGGCCUUACACAACCUGCUGUGGCAAUACUGGAUCAGUCCAUUUCUAAACAAGGGGUGUUAGACUGCCCCACUCUUCCUCAAGCUCUGAGAGAUGUCCUUGUUCCAGAAGGUGAGGUCAAGGUCAUAUAUGACCCAAACUCCCACAAUGCACCAAUCAAGGAAGCGAAGCACAUUAUAAAGAUAAGGAGAAGGAAAAUGAACCGGCAUUUGUUGAAGAAGUUUCGGAAACGGAUGUUGUUUUCUUUGAGAAAACAAAGGAAAGAUCUGAGGAAGAAAAAAGAAAAGAUAUUUCGUGAAGAGCUGCGUAUGAUCACGAAGAAAGGGGAGGACUUUGAUGCCAUGGCACAUGUUCAAAGUGAGCUUGAAAUAGCUCGCAGAGGAGGGUUUUAUAUUGAAAUAUUACCUAAAGAAUCCAGGUGAGAAGAAUGCUGUUAGGGGCAGCAACACUUCACUGAGUUAUUGGUACAUCAAAAGACAAUUCCCACAACAGCGUGUCAUACAAUGUAUAUCAUUUGAAUGAAAGGACAAGUUGUGUUUUUGUGAGCCUCUAGUUAUUCCUGAUGGCUUCAAACAUUGUAGCAUGUAUUGUGAUAUCAGGACAGUGCUAUUUGAACAUGGAGUGUAAACAAGAUUAGCUUGAGUUUGAAAAUGGUUCCAUUACCAUGGUAACUAAAAUGAAAUAAAGGAAUGCCCAAUGAU